GGCGACGUGCCGGCAGCGCGCAUGCUCAGUGCGGGGCAGGCCGGUAGGGAAAGGAUGACAAGAUGGCGACCGCGAUGUACCUGGAGCACUACCUGGACAGCAUUGAAAAUCUUCCCUGUGAACUUCAGCGAAUCUUCCAUCUGAUGCGGGACCUAGACCAGAGAACAGAAGAUAAAAAAGUAGAGAUUGACAAAUUGGCAACUGAAUAUAUCUCCAACGUGAAGGACCUAUCUCCGGAUCAACGUGUUGAUCAAUUGAAGAAGAUUCAACUCGCGUAUAAUAAAUGCAGGGAAUACAGCGAUGACAAAGUGCAGUUAGCAAUGGAGACGUACGAAAUGGUUGAUAAGCACAUCAGGCGGCUGGAUGCUGAACUUGCCAGGUUUGAAGCUGAUUUGAAGGAAAAGUUGGAAUCAAGUGACUAUGACAGUUCAGCGGGGAGAGGCAAUAAAAAAGGCAGAGGCCAGAAAGACAGGAGGGGAUCUCGGGGCCGUGGCAGACGGGGAUCAGAUGAUGAUAUCCCAAAGAAGAAGAAGCAGAAAGCAGGGUCAGAAUACUCUGAAUCCAUUUUGAAAAUGCACCCAUCUGAUGUGUUGGACAUGCCAGUUGAUCCCAAUGAACCCACAUAUUGUCUGUGUCACCAGGUUUCUUAUGGAGAAAUGAUUGGCUGCGAUAACCCAGAUUGUCCAAUUGAGUGGUUUCACUUUGCCUGUGUGGAUCUUGCAACGAAGCCAAAAGGAAAAUGGUUCUGUCCAAGAUGUACCCAAGAAAGGAAAAAGAAAUGAAACUACUCCAGCUCACUUGCCUCCACAAUGUGCUUUUUGUUCUGUCUUCAAACAGUUGCAAUUUUAUUUAACCUUCUCAAAUUUGUGAUUUGCAUGGGAGGGUCGGUUGGGGAUUGUUUUAUUUUUCUCAUAAAACUGGUUUAAUGAGAACCAGCUGAGGUUUUUGACAUUUCAUUUCCAGAUAUUUUCAUCUGUUUUGGACAUUGAAGGUGAUUCUGUAGCUCAGUAAUACCAAUUGGUCCAUAAUAGAUGGAGCUGACAGGUUGCAGAUCCAUUUCAGGAUUGAUUUGAGAGACCUGAAGAGUGCCACUAAUAAAUGGAAAUGAAAGGUGAAAACAUAAGGCUCUCAUUGAAGUUGGAGAAUAGGGAGCCAUUGUGGAAAUAUUCAAAUAUUUUGUUUUUGAACUCACCGUAUUGAAACUACAGCAAUAAAACAUUGAUUUUAGCAACUUGAUUACUCCAAACUCUUGCUCCCUUUGGGUAGAGAUACCAGUACAGAGAACCAGAUGUACACAGCUCUCUACUGCCAAAGGGAUGAAAACAAUGUUGUAAUUCACUGGAUACUUAAGAUAGCAUUUACCAUUGUGACCACUGCUGCCCCUGGUCCCAAGAAGACACUAGAUUUGUAUCACAGUUGCAGGUGUGUAGAACCCAUGUGAGCCCACGGAGGCAACUGUUGACAGAGAUUUGGUGUUACUCGAGACCAAAGCUGCUUUAAGAAAGGAACUGAUUGCCUCUAUAAAGUUGAUUAUUAACCAAAAUUUGUCAUUUAAGUAGGGCGUACUGUUUUGUGAAAUGCAGAAUAAUAUAUAUGAUCGUGAUAGUGAGAUAGAUCUGUAUACUUUGGCAAAAAGCUGUUUUAAAGAAAAUGGUAAUGUCCAUUUUACUGUGCAAUAUUAUGAUUGUGAUACUUUCAUAAAGGACUGUCCAUUGAAAGGAUUAUAUUACAGGGCUGCAGACCCUGGAAAUUUCUCAGAAGUUGGAUCUUGUAACCUGUUAGGCCUACAGAUCAAACGAUGGGAUAUUUUAUUUUGAACCACUGCUGUUGGUGUGUAUUUUAGAUACAGCAUCUUUUUAAUCAACACGCUUGAAUGUUUUUAGGAAUACUUCUGCCUGUUCAGUAUUGAAGGAAGAUUUAAAACCAAAAUAAACAUGUACCAGUUUUCUUGAAGAAUAAUAUGAAGUUAGUCCUAUCAUAGUGAAUAAACAGGGACUCAAUAUGACUGAUUUAAGCAUUAUGUAACUGUGGACUGCAAUAAUACUGAAUGUGCACACGUGCAAAUUUGUGGAUCAUGAAGGAUCAUACGUUAAUGCUCCAACUCAAGGACUAACCCUUCUCAUGCCUGUUUUGAUUGAAAUAUGAAUUUGUGCGGUACGUGGACCCUUCCUGCCACUUCUGGAAGUUAUAGUUUGUCAUCUGUAAAGUGUAUUACAUGUGGGAACCUGCCAAGCUUGACUAAGCAUCUUCAACCAUGCUCAUGAGAAAUGUGAUCUUUGUUCACUUUGCAAGAUUACGAAUUCUCCACCUCAGUUCGUAGAGUUUUGGCGCAGAUUUGUAGACCUGAGGCUAUGGGUUUCCCAGCUGUGAAGCAUUACGGCCAGAAUGUAACCAGUGAAAACUAUACCACGUAUGCCUUGGAUGCACUGGUAAGCUUUCCAUUGCAUGACUGGAUGGACCACUUUACCCAUUAAGCUGAAUGGGAUGAUUGGCCUAUACUUCAGAUCUCUCCUCCUCAAUCAAUCAAAAGCACUAUAAUGGUACAGACCUGAUUCAGACAUUGGAUUACCAAGAGUGCCACAGAUGAUGUGACUUGAUUCUGACCUUCAGUCAUCAGGCAGGCAAUCUUGAAGCUACUGUGACUCCAGGGGACAUGGGUGGAACUCUUAAGUACACUACAGAAAAAAUUUUCUCCAAAUUGGAGAAUGAGAAGUGUAUAGUACUGGCAGUAAUUCCUGUUUGCCUGUCCACUUCAUCAUUUUAUGAGAUGAAUACUUUGUGCCAGCACUGACCUGCUUAAUACAAAGCUACUGAUUGUAUGAAUUAUAGUGAACCUCUUUGGCUUUGGUCUGUCAGCUAUUGGUGACAGAUCCAAGAACCCACUAAAAUCAGCUUCAGGCAGUACCCACUUGCUGAUAGCUUUGCUCCUCUGUUUACAGGGCACCAUCAUGUUCUAGUCAGAACAUUACAAAAGAUUAUUUGAAAGGGUAUCCAGAAGAGAGACAACUUGAUCCCAAUUAUAGAGGAGCCAACCCCAAUGUGAAAAAUCAAUAAAAGAAAGAUGCUUUACAGUCUUAAAGAAGGUCAUUAAUCAUGAACUCAAUCAAGUAUUUAAAUAUUAAAAUUACAAAUAAGGUACAGUUUAUGUAAUGUAUGAAAAUAUGCCAAAGAUGUAGGAUUUGAGGCCAUAAAUUGAAAUAGGAAGUAAACAGAAAAGGUAUUGAGAUGAAUCUCUGCACGAACAAUAUUUGGAAUAAUUUACAAACCCAGGGUGAAGAAAGGAAAAAAAACCGAUGGGGUUAUUUGAGAUAAAUUUCCAUUCCAGUGUGAAGCACUGGUGAAUGAGAGAAAUAGUAUGGAUUGGUGAAAUAGCCAUUCCUUGUUCCUAACUGUAAUGUAACUUAUGGUUUAAUUGGUAAUGCUGUGAUUUGCUAUUUUAUUGAUCAUUGUUGUAAAUAUAUUUGAACUGAUUGACCAUAUUUGUAAAUGUAUCACUGAUAAAAUCUACACAACAUUCUUCACUCUUUUUCUUAUCCAUAGUUACCCAGUUGAAAAACGUACACUUGCCCACUUACGGCAAGAUAUUGAUUCGUGUGGAGCUAGUGUGCUUACCACAGUAGGGGAGAACGUCAGUGUGAACCAUUUUGACUUCCAGUCUGGCAAGGCCUGGGAUCAGGCUCCCCAGUUAGUGUCUGUAAUAGAUGUUAAGUGUGUGUUGGAAGAAUUAAGGAAGAAACAAUAUCCAGCUUCACUAAUAUUAAUAACCAAAAGUAAUUUUGAAAGAUUGCAAUAUUGACACUUAAAUGAGCUAAUGUCAAUCCAUUUUUUCGUGCAAAGUGAUCACAGUCGUGAGGUUUAGAUGGGAAAUGGUUUUCCCAUGUCAAUUCAUUAGCUACUUUUAUUUCAGAUUUUUUGGCUACAUUUAUUUUCUUAGUCAUCUUCUGAUGUGUAUCCCACAUACUUGUACAAAUCUGUUGGUAUGACAAAGUUUUUUUCUUGUAAAAAUAAGAUGGAAUUAGCAUUUAGUUUCUCUUGUCUGUUGUGUGCUGCCUUGGCAUAACACAAUUGAGUUAGAGUGAGAAUCCAGAGAGCGCUGUAGUAGGGAGACAAGAAAAAGUCAUUUUUUUGGAUCAUGAUUCUUUUUGGAAUACAUUUUCUUCUGUUUGGACAACAACCCAAUUCCCACUUGGGGGAUUCUUAUUCUCCUAACUCCUACUUGUCUGCUACACAAUUUUUAAAUCUGAGAUCUUGAGUGGGAGUGACUUGGCACUGUAUUUGUAGCAUGUUAGAACUCUGCUGUGCUGUUCCCAGUUGUUGAUGAUGACAUUUCUUGCAGCAUUUUUUAAAAAUGCCAUCAUUCCCACUUAAUCUAAAUUUCUUAUUGUCCAGUGCUGAGGAAUGUACUAUUCAGGGAACUGAUUAUUUUGUAGAUCUACAAAUGUGUGGAUCAGCAUUAGGCUUCAUGUUCAUGCGACAUAAACAAAAUGGUGCAGUGAAGACUGUAUAGCACCUUGUUCACUUUUGUACACAGCUGAAAUUAGUAACUGUGUAAUGUUAUAAAUGUGGGAACGUCAUAGAGUCCUCUCCUUAGGCACAAGUAAUUUGUAGAGGCAAGUCUAUAAGCACUUUAGUACAUAAAAUUUCAUCCAUGAGCCAUUUGGAAGUCUGUGUGGCAAGAGACUGUAGUUGUUUCAGAUCUUGCUAUGAAAGUUGUGUGACAGGCCUUAUGCAUUUAAUGUACGUUUUUCAGAAGAAACACUGCCCAGUAAGGAGACAGUGAAAAUAGCAAUGAAUGCUUGUGUAGGCUUUAUUGGCGUCAGUUUUUGUCUGGAUCAGCUUAUCAGAAAGGGAUAACUGCAGUGUAAUGAAGGAGCAGCUUUUGUUUUGAUUGACCAGAGGUGUAUUUGAAAAGACCAUGGCUGAGCUAAUUUGUGGGUUUAUGAGAUAACUCUGACAAUCUCUUCAUCUUCUAUAUUACAGUUGCUCAUAAUGCCUUUUAGAUAGGACAGUGUGGAUGUACCCUUUGUAAACAAAUUGUCAGUUUUUUAAAAAAUGUGAUAGUAUUGUAUAUCUGUAUUUUUAGAUGAAGUAAUGAUGGCUGUAUUGUAAAAAUAAAAUAUUUUUGAGAUUUG